AUGGCGUCCAGCGAGGCAGACGGAGCCCGCACUCCACUCCUCUGCAGCACACCCCGUCCGUCGGAACGUUCGCCCAGCCAGGUUCCGAGGGUCGAGGAUGGGUCGGAGCGUCUCGACGCAGAUGUUCCGCCGCCGCCGACUGAGGAACUGUCGGUGUCAAUGGCGGUGCGGAGGCGCCUCUACGUUUCCCAUUUCCUCUCGGCGUGGAACUCCCGCGUCUUCGAGUUCGGCGCCGUGCUCUACCUCGCCUCCAUCUACCCUGGAACCUUGCUGCCCAUGUCGGUGUACGCCUUGAGCCGGCAAGCCUCGGCCAUCGUCUUGUCUCCGGCCAUUGGGCGGUACAUCGACAACGGCAACAGGCUUAAAGUCGUGAGGCUCUCAAUCGUGCUGCAAAGGUUGGCGGUUGCGACUUCCUGUGUUCUCUUCUGGUUCCUCUCCACCGGAUGGGGCUGGAUUCGGGCGCUGCAGUCCGGCUCUCUGGCUAUCCUGGCAGUCCUUGCCUGUGUUGAGAAGCUCUGCGCCGUCAUGAACCUUGUGGCAGUGGAGAGGGACUGGGUGAUUGUGAUUGCCCAAGAAAACGAGGCGUCUCUGAGAGUCCUCAACGCUCAGAUGCGCCGGAUUGAUCUCAUCUGCAAACUCGCGGGUCCCUUCUUCAUUUCCAUGCUGGACGGCGUAUCCACCGAGAUGGCAAUCCUCGCGAACCUCGGCAUGAAUCUCGCCUCCAUCCUCGUCGAGUACUUUGCAAUCGCCCGGGUAUACACAGCCGUCCCCGCACUCCAGCAACCCAAAACAUCCGCCACAAGCGUCGAACCUCUCCCGCCCGCCCCGUCCCGCCGCCGUCGUCACUGCGCCAUCUUCAAGACCCUCACCAACAGCAUCCUCGGCGGCGCCACGCAAGACCUGCGCGCCUACUUCCACCACCGCGCCGUGCUGCCCUCGUUCGCCGGCGCCCUCCUCUACUUCACCGUCCUCUCCUUCUCGGGCCAGAUGGUGACGUACCUGCUCUCGUCGGGCUUCGGCUCGGUGCACGUCGCGGCCGCGCGCACCGUCUCGGUCGGGUUCGAGCUGUCGGCGACGUGGAUGGCGCCGCGGGUCAUGGCGCGGAUCGGGCCGGUGCGGACGGGCAUCUGGUUCGUCAGCUGGCAGUGCCUGUGCCUCGCGGCGGGGGCGUCGGCGUUCUGGGGGUUGCGGGCCAGCGACGCCGGCGACGCGCAGCUGCUCGCGGCGGCGGCGCUCGUGGGCGGGGCGAUCCUGAGCCGCGUCGGGCUGUGGGGGUACGACCUCUCCGCCCAGGUCAUCAUUCAAGAGGAAGUUGAAGCGGAGCGUAGGGGCGCCUUUUCCUCGGUCGAAGCGUCGUGGCAGAGCGUGUUCGAGCUGUGCUCGUACGUGUCGACCAUUGUCUUCUCCCGUCCCGAACAGUUCCAGUGGCCGGUACUGCUGAGCUGCAUGGCCGUUUUCAGCGCCGGCGGCCUGUACGCGUCGUUCGUGCGGCGGAGGAGGGGCCAUCUGCUCCACUUCUCCAAGUGCAUCGAGCACCGGUCGGGCAAGACGAGGCAUGGUGGCCCGGAAAGCUACGAAAGGCUUGCGCAGUCGCCGAAUGUCUAA